AUGCAAGUGCUUACUUUUUCAGAUGAUCAAGUAACUUAUCAUGAAUUUAAAGAGUAAAUGUUAUAGUUAAAAAAUGCCAUGGUCAGAAAGAAACAGCAAAAUUAAGAAGAUGACAUUUUAGAAGCUAUUGAUGAAUCAGCUAUUCCCCAUCAAGUGUCCCCCAGUAAAACUCAGCUAAGCAAAUCUUCUCAUAAACUCCAGGAAAGGUAUCUGAAUGGUUCCAUAAAUAACUCUAAAGACCUGGAGCAUUUAGAGAUUUCUAAUUAAAAGACUAGAAAUAAGAAGCCCAAGUAGUAACAGUCUCAACAAAAUCAUAACAAUCAAGAGUCACAACUGACUCAUAAAAGUAAUGCAAGUAGCAUACCUAAACUUAAGAUCAAUUUCAAUGCGACUACUACUAAUCUCAUGUCAAGUUAGCGUAAAAAGGGCUAUAAGAAUGAUAAGAUACAUAAGUCGUAGAAGGAGUUAUCAAGGUUAGUGCAGGAAGCUUAGUAACCACAGUACAAACCCUAAUACAGCAUUAAGGAUCAUGCUUCUACUCAUGAAUAAUGGGAGCGUAAAUAUUAUUCAAGAAAGUACUCUUCUUAAAUGGAUAGCAUGGCUAGUGAAAGUGCGCUAGGGAAUUAUAAGUUACUCCCUAAGAUCUAUAAAAGCAUAGAGGAAGAGAUUCAAAGUGAUAAGAUCAAGAUUGCUGAAGGUUCAAUCGAGAUCGAGGGUAUCAAACCACCUAAGCCUACAUUAAAGGCUAACAAGAGUAUGAAGUAACUUUCCAUAAAAGAUAAAUUGCACAUCUAAGAUCAAAUUACCUAGAGAUAGACCUAGGUAGAGACAGAACGUCGAUUGUAAAGUCUAAUUGAAAGAAAAGAAAAAUAAAAGAAUCACAGAGAUGAUUAGAAAUUUACUUAGGAUUUUGCUUUACAGAAGAAUAGUGUGGUUAAGAUAAUAAACAGUACCCUUACAAGAUUGAAAAAGAUGUAUGAGGUCGAGAAUGCCCGCACCAAUGUUGAAUUGUAGAGGGAAAAUUAAAAGUUGCAGAAAUCAUUGUAGAUGCAGAUGAAGAAAGACAAGAUCUUGAGUAUAAAGAAUAGUAAUAUUAAUAUAUCUCAGGUGGAGUCAAGUGUGCAUGGAUCCAUUAGCAAUAUAAAUACAUAAUAACUUUUGCAUAAGUACAAACUAGAUCAAUCUAUGUUCAAUACUAUUGAUAAUGUCUAGAUAUCAACUGGAAGUCAAAACUAAGGCUUUGAAGUUUCAAACAAAUACUUUAUUUUCAAUGAGUAAGAUAGCUUGAUGCAGGGCAGCAAUAUAAAUAACCCAAAUCAAAAUAGUAAGAAGUACUUUAUGACUCGAAAGAACUCACAAUACCUUUAGAAACUAGAAGUUUAAAAAUAACACAAUCUAGAAAGACUUUAGUAGUCACGUAGAGUUCUAGAGUCAAAAAUACUUUUAGAUGAGGAACUGUCUCUACGAGCUUAGCUUUAAUAGAAAACGAAGGAGAAAGCUAACAAUGAUCUUAUGAUGCUCAAGCAGCUUAAGAGCUAUGAAUAUGAAUUAAAGGUUUAAACUAAAGAUGAAUAAAUUUAAUCUGGUGGCGGGAUGCUUUAACUACAUUAGCAUUCACUGCCUCUUGAGAAUUAGUUCAUUGCUAAUAUGGUUAACCAUAAAAUUAACUCUAAAAGCUCAUAGCACAAAAAGUAGGUAUCAAAUGCUUCCAAAAGAGAAUAGCUCCCUCCUCAUUUGGCUAAUUUACUUUAAUAGUCAGGUGUUUCACCCAUCAAUCUUAAAUCUUCUCAUGUAAGAACUGAUUCCAAAAGACUAUCGGUAGUGUCAUCUAAGAGAGGAUCUACUACUAGAAACUAAAGGGAUGAAGAGGAACCUGAAGAAGUGUUACUUAGCUUUGACAUCAAGAUAAAAAAUAGAAACACCAACAAUCUUUGA